GCAAAAGCGGCCUCAGCAUAUAAACAUUGGUCGCCUAAGGUCGCCAUGAUUGGAAUUCCUUCCAUGUUUACGUCCAUUCGUGUUCCAAAGGAGGGCUGCCAAGUGCUGGAUGGAAGUUACAUAGGUAUCUGCUGUUAGGGAGAACCAAGCCAUUCGUGAACAAGGUGACGUGGCUGCCGUAAGGAAUGCGUGGGGGGGGUUAGGGAAGGACGCUUUGGCUGCACUCUGCACACCUGCUCCCGUGGAACAGCAGCAGCAACAACAGUGAUAUCAGCAACAGCAGUAACAGCAACAGCUGUAACAACAACAGCAGUAAUAACAACAGCAGUAACAACAACAGCAGUAACAGUAACAGCAGCCACAACACCACCAGUAGCAGCAGCAACAACUACAGGCUUCAUAUUUGAUGCAGCGAAAUUGAACAUGUAACUUAACAGCCAGUGACUAAAGAUACCUUUCUGCAUUUGUUUGAAGUGUGACUGUCAAGCCAUACCAUCAGCCACCGGAAUAUGUAUUCGUAGAAUGCGUUCCUUACAUUACACCCCAAACCACCAGAAUAUCUGUGUUUGUGGAGUGUGACUGCUGAACUGCAGCACAUUUUGUGCCACUGGUUUAUAUAUAUAUAUAUAUAUAUAUAUAUAUAUAUAUAUAUAUAUAUAUAUAUAUAUAUAUAUAAUUUCUUUUUUUUCUGUGUGUGUGUGUGAGAUGUGAUCAGUGUGUGUCUUGUCCACAAUAGAAAGGAAGUGCCACGUUUAACACUCUUACCUACUUGAAUAACGUGGAAAGAAACUGCUUCUGCCAAACAUCUGUACUUCAUUGUUUGCACUGUUUUUGUGUUUACUACCUUUUAAAUAAUGGAUAGAGAUGUUUUUAUAUCAAAAUAUCUGAAUACUAUAGUUUGGAAGACUUUAAGAACUUAUGACAUCUAGAAAUUAUGAAAGAUAUGUCAUAGGGCUGCAUAUUUUGUUAAUGUAUUAUCUGGCAUGUACCAAAGAUACAACCCCUAUUGUUAAAAUACAAAAGAAUGUGAAUGCUUGCAUUUUCAUAGAUUACUUCUGUAUACUAUACCUUGCCAGAAGUUUCAGUGACAAGAUAAGGAGUGACAUGAGUGUCAUUUUUGCAAAAUCACCUUAGAAUAUUAGUUGAAAGCUUUCCAACUGCAAAUACAAUAUAGAUAUGGCACACAGGGCAACAAGAAAUAUAAUGCACAGUUUGUCCAGAUAAUUGUCUGUCAGGUACAGUGUGACAUCAUGAGUGUUCAAAGGGAAGUGAAGGAAAAAAACAUCGAACAAGAGAAUGAGAUGAAGAGGGAGGAAACAAGAAAGGAGGAAAAGCAGGAUGACACAGCUCAAGUAUCAGAAGAAAGUGUGAAGACCAGUGAGAUACUGAAAGGAGGAAAAAGUAUCAAAGAAGAAAAGGAAGUAGAGCAGAUGACAAUAAAAGAUUCAGAAGAAAGUAAAGAUAUAGCAAGUGGAGGGCAAAUAGUAGCACCAAAUAAUGUAAAAAAUUUGAGACAGAGAGAUGUGGAAAGAAGAGAAGUUUUGAAGCAAGAACAAAAAUGUGUAGAGGUGAGAAAUAUUAAGCAAGUAGAGGAUAUCAAGGAAGAAAUAGUACAAGUGAACUUAUCAGAAGAAACUUGCAUAGGAGAAACAAAUUCAGGAAUACAAGAAAGAACAAAUAUAGAAGAAAUAGGAGUGAUUGAAACAAACACAAAACAAGAUAGAAAUGUGGUGACUACAGAAGUAGUUGUGAAAGAACAGGUGAAAAAUGUGACACUUGCAAAAGAAUAUUUUAAUCAUGAAAUAUCUGAACAUACAGCUUCAAAGGAGCAAAUAAGAAAUGUUACACUUAUGCAUUUAUAUUUCCAACAGACCGUUCAUGUUACGGAAGUGAAGUUAGAACAGAAGGCAGAAGCAACUGAUGAAGAGCAAGGAGAGAAAGAUGAAACAGAAAAUAACAGUGACCUUGAGUUCUUCAACUUUGAAGACUUUGAGGUGGUUGAUGCUUUGGAAGAUGAAGAGGAGGAAGAGGAGGAAGUGGGAAAAGAUUCUGGUAAAUCCAAGCCACUGUCAACCAUCUCACGAAGACAAGAGCGGCGAAGCAGCCGCCCAAAUCGUAGAGAAACCUUGCCUCAUAACUCAUCCAGGUCAAGUCGGUCACGCCAUAGUCACUCAAGCCACUCUAGGGAUAGAUUGAAGAGGAGCAAGGAGGAUGUAAAGGACAAGAGUGGGAACUCCUCAAGAUUAUCAAGGAAUAGUUCAAGACAUGGAGAAGAUAAGAAGCAACAUGGACUUUCCUGGAAUCAGAGAAAGAGGGGUGAAGAUAAGUCAAGUGAUGAAUGUAGGCAGUGCCAGAAGUUCCCAAGGAAUACACAUGAGAAGGAUAAAACACAAGCAAGAAAAUGGGCAACAGAAAAUGAAGGAAGGUCAAGCAAAAGGACCAAAUCAGUCAACGAGAAGCAAAAUUACAGAAAAAAUCAUUCACCAUCCAAACGAGAAAAAGAGACUACCACACAAUCUUACAGUAAGAAGCCUGUCAAAACACCUAGCAUCAACUCCACAAAGAAAAAGAACUUCCAUGAGGUUAAGGAUCAUACUCUCACAUCACAUAGUGUCAACAAGCAGGAAAAGUCUGACACACUAGAUACCUGUAAAGGCUGCAACACAUCUAUAGUAUCUGAUAGAAGUCUUGAUUGUGAGACAGAGGCAACUUGCCUGGACAGAAACAUGGAGAACACUGGAGCCACAAAGACUGAUUGCAUUGAGGAGGAAAAAGCAAAAGUUGGAACAAGUUCCAGAAAACUGGAUGUAGAUAAUAAGAAUUUUAAAAUAAAUUGUGGAAAACUCAAGUUGACUGGCAAAGAAUAUGAAGUAAAAGAGAAGUGUGAAUCAAAUGAAACUUCUUUGCAAAUUGUAGGUAAAGAUUUGGAGGUAGAAAAUAAGGAACUAGUUUCAGGUAGUACUGAAUGUGAGUUAAUUUAUAAAGAACAGAACUCUGAUUUGGAACUGGCUAUAAUAAAAGGUAAAAAUAAUGAAAUAGAAGCAAAUAGCCAUAAUUUAAUACCAAAUAAUGAGUUAGAGGCAAGUGAAAAACAGUUAAAACCACAAGUAGAGCAUUCAGCCUUAAGUACUAAAAAAACAGAAUCACAGGAAAAAGAAUUAGAAUGUAUAGAACCAAUACUGUAUGAAGAAGGUGUGAAUAUUGAGAAAUCAGAAUCAGAAGAUCUAGAAUCCAGAGCUAUGAAUCAAACUAUCACCAUCACUGAACUAGAACAAGAGUCAAGUAAGUCAUCAGAAGUAGUAAAGCAAUGUAAACCAAGCAAGAAAGAGCUGCCAAAAGUGAAAAAGGAGGAAACAUCUCGUGAGGAAACAUGUAUAAUUAGUACAAGAACAAGGAGCGCCAUAAGAAGUGGCCAAGUGGCAUCUUCUACAAGGACUACUAGAUCCCAGAAGAAAACUGCUAUAGUAGAAUCUGCAGAUGAAGACAAGACAGAGGCUAAUAAAGAGACUGUUGACACAUCACAAAAAGUAAGUAAAGAGAAAAUGGAUCAGGAACCAGGACCAUUAUAUGAACAAGAAUUUUGUCCCCAAAGGAAUCUGUUUAUAGAAACAGUCAAGACUACAACUGUAAGUGAAAAAUAUCAGCAAUGCAUUUUAUUGAAAAAUACAACUAGUGAAGGACUGGCAAAUGGAGACAGUCAAGGAAAUACUCUCUUGAAAAUUAACACUGAAUUCCAUAAGAAAGAGAAAGAAAAUGAAGACUGCAAAAAUGAUAUUUUUCAGACAGAAGAAUACAGGAAGGAAGAUGGUGAACAAGAAAACAAAGACAUCAGUAAGAAUGAAGAUGGGUGUAUUGUGGGAAAUAAGAAACUAGAAUAUUGCAAGAAAAAAGAAGUGGUUGAUGUCACUGGGGAAAAUAUUGCUGAAGACCAACUUCAGUACACUCUGAUAGAAGACAGUCAAAAUAUCUCUUCUGAAGAAAACCAUCCUAGAACCACACUGCUACACCUUCAAGACACGUCACAGAGUAAAGAUAAAGCAGAAUACUUUCAUCAAAAGCACAAAUUUGCAGAUAUUCCAAAAAAAGAGGAAUGUGACGACAUUAACAAUGACAACAGUCCAAAAUGUGUCCAUCAUGUGGGACAGGAAGAUGUUGCCAAUACUAGUCAGAUAGAAGAUAAAUGGGAGACAUGUCAGAACAUCAUCAAAGAGGAGAGCAAACCCACUAAAGAAAAUUGUGAUGAGAAGAGAAACAGCUGUAGAGAAAACAACAACAGUAAAGAAGACAAAGAUUCAAGUCAAACUGUAGAUAAUAAGGGUAACAAGAGGCCAUUGGGAGAAUUGGAGGAAUGUGUCAAGAAGAGAAAGAAAGAACCAGCAGUAGGGCUUGGUAGUACUGAACAGAAGGACAAGGAAGUAAAAGAAAAAAUGUUAUGGAAGAAAGCAGAAAUUAAAGAUGGUGAUGAAAAGAACAAUGUUGCUGACACAGAAAUAGAUAAAACUCAAAUGCAUGAGGAUAUCAGCAAAGAAUCUUCAUCAAAAGAGGUGAAGAGAUACAGCAAGGUGGUGGUGGUGGGGGAUGCUCGCAUGAGUCUCCUUGCCACUAAUGACAUCAAGGAGCAACUACAUGAGGUCACACAGGUAAUUUUGAUUCCAAACCUGACCCUGAAUGGCAUCAUAGAGGUGGUGCAGAGAGAGGUGGUGAAGGAAGAGUGUCCCAGAGGUAUCCUUCUGUUGUGCCUUGCAGGGCUGCAUGGCACUCUGGUAGAGUGUCAGGUGCCAAAGGAGUGCAAGAUUGCAGGUCACUCAGACAUGCAAGAGAUGGUUCCAGCCACAAAGGGCGACUCCCUGGAUCCUGGGUUCCCUAAGCAACUGGCCAGCCUGAAGAGAAAGCUUCAAGACACACUGGGAAGAGGCUCUAGUGUGCUGUUCUUUCCUGUUCUGCCCGUUGAUAUGACCAACUUUAAUGAGAUAGCAGCAAAGCAUCACUUUGAUGCCACUGGACACAAACUUGAGCACCUCUCUCAAGCUGGUAGCCUCCACUAUCAGCUGUUACAACAGUACAAGAAAGCUGUUGAAGAGGUCAAUGGGUCGUCUGUCACAUAUGUUAGACUUGUGCGUUUUGAGUUUAGUUCCAGAGGAUCUUGCAGGAAGUUUACGGAUGAGCUUCUACAGGAUGGAUUCAGUCCUACACUGGACCUGGUAGAAAGAUUCAUUGUUCCACAGCUACAACAUGCCAUCAGCAUGUCCAACUCCCUCAGGUUCCAGCAGGUGGCAUUAGUGGGGGAUGCAUGUCUGGCACAGGUGGUCAAGGUGCAACAGCAGAAGGGUGUGGAGCCAUGCUCUUUUAUCCUUCAAGAGGAACCUGGGCUUAGGAGCCUCAUCCCUGAUAGCCCUACAGUAAAACAGCUCUCAGGGAUGAGCAAUGCUCUGAUCUUUCUCUCCAUCACCCUCAAGGACCUUGCCAUCCCUAAAGGAGAAUCUGAUGGAAAAAAGACACAUUGCUUCCUCCCUCAUGAUCCUUCUAAGGCAUUUGACAGCUUCCUACAGGAGGCACUGAGGGUAGAUCAGAUGCUGGGCUCACUAACUCAUCACUGUACCAUUAUCACCACCCCUGUGUUAAUAUUGAAUCACCAGAUCCUCAUGAAAGACAAGGCAAGGAAGACAUCAUCCUGUGAAAAGUGCACUAAGACAUCAAAAUUAGUCACUAUUGCAAUAGAACAGGUCUGUAAGAUAUUGAACCAAAAAAAUGGCCUGCCAGUGUGGAACCUUAACCCUGCACUGCUGACGAACAAAGAUGACUCCAGCAGCUCUCAUCAGCACUCUAAGCUCAAUUCCAAGAUGUUACAAAAGGCAGCAAGCACCUGGGAAUGCUUUCUCAAUUGCUCACAAACAUGUAUUAGAGUAAUGCCAAAGGCUACUAUUACCUCUGUCCUCCAGGACCAAAAAUUGCUGACAUUGGUGGUACCUAAAACCAGAGAGACCUCUAGGACCCACUGUAACAAAAAAGAAACCCAAAGUAGUCACAGCAGACACAGGGCACAAACCCAUUGUAGUCACAAUACAGACAAGGAACAGACUCACAGUAGGAAUAGCAGAGACAAAAAACAGACUCACAGCAGGAGCAACAGAAACAAGAGAGUGAGUCACAGUGACAGUGGUAGAAAUAAGGAUCAGAUUCACAAUAGCAACAGAAACAAGGAACAGCUUCACAACAGUAGUAGCAGAGAUAAGAAACAGACUCAUAACAAAGAUAGAAAAUUAAAGGACACCCACAGCAAAUAUGAAGAACAGAAAAUGAAAAGUCCUGAUGCCUUAGCUCUCACUGCUCUAGAUGACAUAACUUCUGCUUCAUCUCCUAGUAGGCACAGUAAUGGGGAUCUGGAUAGCAUCUCUACUGGGAACCUGAACUUUUCACCAUCCCCACAUCCAUCUAUUAUCAACAGCCCAGAAGAUUUUGUUGAUUCCUUCAGUGAUGAAUCUUAUAAAGACAGACAGAUUAAUUCUCAGACUCUGACUUGUUCUCCAGAUUCCUGGAAAUGCUCUUCCACACAUGAGGCCACUCCCUUAAGAAAUCCAAGAAUGAGACUGUGGUCUGCAAAUAGCAGAGAUAAACCUCUAAGUCCUCAGAGAUUUCAGUAUACAGAAUUAGAUGAGCCAGGACACUCCUUGUAUCAACAGAGAAGGUAUUCACUUUCCAGAAGUAGAGAAAGAGACCAUUCCAACCAUACAUAUACCAGUCCUGAUCCACAUAUCAAAAGAGUCAGUAAUAAGAGCUGUAGCCCAAGGGAGGAACUGUGUGGAAGAAGAUCCAGAAGUGCCUCUCAUAAUAGGUUGCCUCUCAGUCCUAGCAGGAAACUUAUGUACAGACAAUCCUUCAGCAGGUCUUUAUCACCUCAGCGUUACAGAUCUGUGUCUAGAGGCGCAUCCUUUUCAAGAGGGAGAAGAUCCACUUCCAGAGCCAAAAGAUCCAUUUCCAAAGGUAGAAGACCUGUUUCUAGAUGUAAAAGAUCCAUUUCUAGGGAUAGAAAGUCAGUUCCUAGGAGCAGGAGAUCCUUUUCUAGAGGCAAGAGAUCAAUUUCUAGAAAAAGGUCCAUUUCCAGAAGUAGUAGAUCAAAUUCAAUGAUGAGGUCUAUUUACAGAAAGAGGUCAUUAUCUAGAGGCAAUAUGUCUAUAUCCUUAGGAAGGCAAUCUAUGUCAAGAAGUAUAAGAUCCAUUUCCAGAGGUAGAAGAUCCAUUUCCAGAGGCAGAAGAUCCAUUUCCAGAGGCAGAAGAUCCAUUUCCAGAGGUGGAAGAUCCCUUUCCAGAGGCAGAAGAUCCCUUUCCAGAGGCAGAAGAUCCAUUUCCAGAGGCAGACGAUCCAUCUCCAGAAACAAGAAAUCUAUUCCAUUAGGAAGAUCCUUUUCCAGAAGCAGAAGAUCCAUUUCAAAGAACAGACAAUCCUUUUCUAGAUGUCGAAAAUCUGUUUCCAGAGGUAGAAGGUCUAUUUCCAGAAAUAGAAGAUCUAUAUCUAGAAGCAAAAGGUCCAUAUCUAGGAGUAAGCGAUCUGUUUCCAGAAGUAGAAGAUCCAUUUCUAGAGACAGAAGAUAUAUCUUCACUGGCAAAAGAUCCAUUUCCAUAAGCAGGUCUGUUUCCCGAAGUAGAACAUCCAUAUCCAGAGGCAAGAGGUCUUUGUCAAGGGGCAGGAGGAACAGGAGCACAAGUAGAAGCAGAAGCAGAAGCAAUAUAUCUAGAAGCAGAAGGUCCAUAUCUAGGAGUAGACGAUCUGUUUCCAGAAGUAGAAGAUCUAUUUCUAGAGACAGAAGAUAUAUCUUCACAGGCAAAAGAUCCAUUUCCAUAAGCAGGUCUGUUUCCAGAAGUAGAACAUCCAUUUCCAGAGGAAAGAGGUCUUUGUCAAGAGGCAGCAGGAGCAGGAGCACAAGCAGAAGCAGAGGCAGAAGCAGAGCCUGCAGCAUAGAGCAAUAUAGCUCAGUCAGAUUGCCUGUCCACAUGUCUUCAACCCAGCAGAAGAUGCGAAAAAGUAUGGUGAAGGAAGCCUUGGAGACCUUACACUCAGUCCAUGAGAAGGAAUGUGAGAUGUACCGUUCCAACCCCAGCAUCCACCCUGACAUUAGUGCAGAAUAUCGUCUUUUUAGUGACAAGAAGACCCAGAGCAUCUUAGCCCUGGGAGGAGACCCAACACAGUACAACAUGGCACAUGACUGGCAUUCAUUCUGGAAGAAGCGUAUGGAAGAGAUAUUUAUUGAGUCAUGGAUAUUAAAGAGGAAACAAUGUCUUGCAUUGUUGGAUGCCAAUCAGAAACCACCCUCCCCUCAGCCAUCUUCCUGGACCCAUCGCUCCCCUUCACCUGGCUCUUUAUUUUUUUCCUCCUUAUCUAGUAUGAGAACAGCGGAUCAAAAGAGGAGCUCCAAGAAGAGAAAGAUAUGGGUGACAGAGGAGAGAGAGAGAAGCAAAAAAAGGAAUGAAAACCAGGAUGGAAGAUCAUCCCCUACAAACUAUCCAAGAGAUAGACAAGUUAAGAGGAACAUAGUUAUCAAUGAUAGGCAUGAUGAGAGAUCUCCAAAAUACUAUGCGAGGCCUGAACUCUUGAGCAGGAAAGAGGAUGACUAUAUGGAAACAAGAAUAACAGAUAUGCUGAGAGUAGCAAGACAGAAAGAAUGGGAUGAGGAGCUUAUGGAGAAGCCAUUGUCUAACCUUCAAAAGACAGCAAAAGGUAGCAAUGAAGGAUGGGAACAGAAAUCAUUAGGGAAACAUUCUCCUGACCCUCUAGAAAUUGCACAAGAUAGGGAGACUGAUCAGGAAAGUAGGGAGAGGCAUCAGCAAAGUCCACCACACAAGUUACUUGGCCAUAAUGAAUCUUGGCAACAUUAUUUAGAUGCCAUUGGGGAUCCCUUUCCCAUGCUUGACCACUUCAAUGAGCCCCAUACUGUGAUAGAAAGUGGCAAAUCAGAGUGCAAAGAUCAACAUAGAGCCAAACCUCACGGGGAUAUGUCGCAUGGCACCUUUGAAGACCAGUCACUUAAUAUUUUCAGCAAAAAGUAUAUGACUGUGAGCAGUGUAAGUCCAGAGUCAACAAAGAAGGAGAUCCCAUGGAUGGAAGAUUCCCACAAAGAUCAUAAAGCUGACCAGGACAGCUCUAAGAGCAUCACCCAGAUCUUCAGGAACUUUGCAGUAAAUAAACUUGAUAGUGUUGAGACCAUCACACACAGCCAUGAAGGUGAGGUGUCAUCCACCACAGCCUCACCCAGCAUCAAGAUUGAUGUAGUGAAUGUGUUGGAGGUUUUGACAUACCUUGGAGACAAGCUUGGGGCCCUUUAUGACCCUUUGAAAUUAGUUCUUGUGAGGACCAAAGAACUACAGAGUAAUGGUGCUGAUCCAAUGACAAUUACAAAUGACCAGGAUACUAAGUUGUUACUACAGAUGAUCCAAGAAAAGCUGCAGGGCAUUCUGAAGGAUGGUAAACUAAGUAUUAUUAAAAAGGUCAUCAUAGAGGAGGCAGAACAGCGGCUGUCAUUAUUGCUAGAACUCCAAGAGCAACGAAACCUGACAGGAAAUCUUAAUCUGACACAGUUGGCACAUCACUGUCUUAACAUGGACACUACUUCCACUGUGGACUUCAUCCGUAAGGUACUGCAGUGUCAAGGCCACACACAUUUAUCAGAAAAACAAUUAAUGAAAUUGUACAUGGCUGUUAAGGCAGAACAGCUAAAGGUGGUGGGAGACCAUCACAAUUCUAGGGAAGCUGCCACCUUGCCUGAUAAUGCUCACCACCAAAGCCACAACCUGAAAGCACCAUUGGGCUUGAAGAUGUCAGGGGAUAGUGUAGGUCUUCUUUGUGGUUCUACACUAUCUUUGUCACAAGCAGAAUCACAUACUUAUAGAAGUAAUUAUGAUUUCUCAACUAGGAAAGGCAGGCUGCCAUGCAAUGAUGCAGCACAGACCACAUGCCUUCAGGCAGAGAUGUCCAGUUACCCUAAAGAUACUGAGAUCGGCAGUAUUCAUAACAGUAGCAAUAGGUCUGAUACUAUUAAGCCCUCCAAGGCCUACCCACCUGGCCAGUCCUCCACCUUAGAGAACUGGUCCCCACAGAGCCAUGUCAGUGAGCCAUACCCCAAGGCUUCCACCAGCAUUCCUAGUGGCCCACCUGAGGGUAUAUUUAGGGAUGCCAACUACCACCAAAAGGCCUCAAAGUAUGUGUACAAAAAGCCCAUCUGCAUCACCCUUCCAAAGCAUCAACCACAAAAGAGUAUUAUUGGUGCCUUUAACCCCCUUAGGGAUUGUGACACAGACAGUGAAGAAUAUGAGUAAGGGCUAUCUUAAAUGGGUAAGGAAUCCAUCACUUAAAUAAAAUGACAAGAAUAAAUAGAAUAGAUACCAGACUUUUAACAUUCUCGCAAAUGAGGAAACUGAUUUUGUGAACAUGGUUACAAAUAAGACAAAUAUUCUAGUAAGGGGUACCUAGAAAGGUAUGGAAUCUACUAUAUAGAAAAGAUUAAAUGACAAGAAUGAAUAAGAUACAUACCACAGACAUUUGACAUUUUUGCAUAUGAAAGAACUGAUUGUGUGAACAUGGUGUAUAAAUAGGACAAGUGCUCUAGUUCUUCCUCAUAUUUUGUCAGUGCACCAGUUCUCCAUCAAAUUGUGAUAAGUACUCUAGUUCUUCCUGAAACUAGACCCAAUGGAGAGAUCAGAAAAGAUGUAUGAUUGAAGAAGACAUAAUAAUGUUUAAAGAAAGAGUAAUUGGAUGAAAAGAUUGUAUAUAAUCAGAGGUGAGUGAGAUGUGUGUAAGCAGGGAAGAAGUGUUGAUGGAAGCAGGAGAAACUAAAAAGGACUCAGAUGGAUGAGGAAUUAUAAAAAUAUCAUAGAAAAUGUUAUUCCUAUCCAAGAAUAGCAGGAAAUUGGUAUAGUGUAAUUUCAGCUUAUUUGAAUGUUUAACUAUUUUUUUUUGUGUAUGACAUAUGUAUCAGAACUUCGAGAAAUUACAAUUUUGUGUAAGCAAAAUUAAAUAAAUGUUAUUCAUUAGAAAAUUUUUGCACAUUUGAAGGAAUACUUUUUUGUGUGUAUGCAGUUCCUCAUAGGUAUAAUAACUAAUAUUCAUAUUUGUUGAAUGUCUUGAUGUUAAGAAAAGAAAUCACUACAAUAAAAUUUCCUUAGGUGC